AAAAUUUCCUUCCUUCUCCCUCCCCGAGGCAACCGCCCCGACCACUCAAAUGCUGCCGACAACCGCCACGGCCUCCGCGCCGCCGCCUCCCGCGGCCGGCGCCCCCGCCUCCUCGGGCGAGCCGCACGCCGCCCUGCUCCUGGCGCUGGGCCACAUGCGGCUGCGCGAGCUGCUGGCCUGCGCGCGCGCGUGCCGCGGCCUCCGCGACGCCGUCGCGGGGGACCCGCUCCUGUGGCGGCGCCUCGCCGUGGAGCCGCCGCUCAGCCACCGGAUCACGGACGAGGCGCUCCUCGCGCUGGCGGACAGGGCGGGCGGGCGGCUCCGCUCGCUCCACCUCCUCGGGUGCCCCCGCGUCUCCGACGCCGGCCUGCUCCGCGUCGUCCAGCGCAACCCCGGCGUCACCGAGCUCUUUGUGCCCAGAUGUACAGGAUUAACUGCUGAUGGUCUGGUGAAAAUUAUUCAGUUUCUUCAUGAGUGCAAAGGCAAUCUCAAUCGUGUUCGACUCCAUGGCAUCUGCAAGAUGACUAAACACCAUCUCGAUGUUAUCAACUCUCUCAUAUGCAGAAGCAGCCAACCAGAUGCCCAAGCACUCUACUACAACCAUAGAGUCCAUGAAGUGCUGAACACCGAUGACAGUCGUCCCAUUGAUGUAGAUGUGUGCCCAUUGUGCAGAAAUGUCAGGCUGGUGUUUGAUUGUACAAGGAAGGACUGUAGGGAACUGAAGGAUGGCUGGUCCCACUGUCGAGGCUGCUUCUUUUGUGUUGCUAGAUGCGAAACAUGUGGUGGGUGCAUCGACCUUGAGGAGCUCGGUGAGACUGGACUAGCCUGCUCUGACUUCCUGUGUAUGGACUGCUGGCUCAAGCUCCCAAAAUGCUCCACAUGUAAUCGUCCCUACUGCGAGAGGCAUUCAAAUUUGAAAGAAAAUUUAUCAUCGUCUGGCCAGUUCACCUGUCAAGAAUGCACAGCGUUCGCUACCUCACUCGAAAGUCUGGGAGAUGGUGAUUAGAAGUCAAAGAAUGAAGCUAUGCCCUCUUGGUAGUGAAUAUUCGGUUAUUUGAUAUGUGACUGGCUAUCCUUUGACAGCCUUUCUUAUUGACCAUGUCAUAACGUGUGGAGCUUAUGAGACUAAAUCGAUGAACUAGAAGCUCAAUAACAUAUUGCUCUCGUCAAACAAAGUGGGUGCAGACUUGAUCGGUCUUGUUCGUGCAACUUGUCUGAAUGACAGUAGCGCGCGCCAGGUCACCGUUACCACUGGGCACAAUGUGAACGACAUGGGUGUCCAAGGAGACCAGCAAACUUUAUUUACUAAUAAUAUUUUGGUCCCUUUGUCCAAUGUUUAAGAGUCGUGUACUCACUGGAACAUGCAUCUAGAAAUGUACGCUGGCAAUAAAUUUUACCGCCGGGACAGUUGUCACUGUAAAUGUUUUCAGUGUUGAUUCUGAUCUUUUGCCCAGUUCACACUUUCAAAAUCA